GUGUUGAAUGCACCCAUGGUGUCAUCCUUUUCUUAUGCGGACAGUUUUCCUCCAUCCUUCAUCAUCAGCAUCAUUUCCUUCAGAUGCUCCGCUGCGUUAGCGUCGACUAAACGGGGACACCUUCAGACUGGAGAGCCCUACUGACGUCUAUAAACUAUAUCAUAAAAAUGCCCAGCGUGACGGUGAAAGAUGUCAACCAGCAGGAGUUUGUAAAGGCAUUGUCAGCCUUCCUUAAAAAAUCUGGGAAACUAAAGGUCCCAGAGUGGGUCGACACUGUGAAGCUGGCCAGACACAAGGAGCUAGCUCCCUGCGAUGACAACUGGUUUUACACCAGAGCAGCAUCCACAGCCCGCCACCUCUACCUGCGAGGAGGUGUGGGAGUGGGCGCCAUGAUCAAGAUCUAUGGAGGCCGCCAGCGGAACGGCGUAUGCCCCGCCCACUUCAGCGUGGGCUCCAGGAACGUAGCAAGGAAGGUUCUUCAAGCCCUGGAGGGCCUCAAGAUGGUGGAGAAAGACCCCAAUGGCGGUCGUCGACUUACUCCUCAAGGUCAGAGGGAUUUAGACAGAAUUGCUGGACAGGUCGCCUCUGCAAACAAGAAACAGCGAAGUUUACAAAGCGCCGCCUGAGGAAAGCAUCCAGAGCGCAUACGGCGUGUUUAUUCACUUUUUAUUUGCUUGUCUUUUCAUAUCAGCCUGGUUCCCACUCUGUCCAAGGACAGCAGACAGAGAUGCAUGAGUCUGCAGUUCAGCUGAACUUGUGAACCAAUAUAAAGUAUAAACAAGUAUUAGCAUGUUGAAGUUGUUGCUCUCCACCAAGAAACUAAAAACCGGAAAAUAAAGCAAAUACAACGGACCCAAAAAUGUUUUACUCUUUCGAACAGGUUUGUUUGCAGAAAAAUAUGCAUAUUGUUGAUUUAGCUACAAUAAAAGCAGAUCAAUAAAUUUAUUUGUCCUGUCA